AUGUCCGCACCACGCUACACUUACAUCAUCUCGAAAACGCUUGACCCCGUCUUCGCCCUCUCAAUCGGCACCGCCGCAGCGCUUGUCCGCAUCAACCGCGAAGAGAAGGAAAAGGGCAAGACCACACGGCAGACGGUGCAAAGCCUGAAACGGCGGUGGGGAUUGUUCAUGGGCGGGCAACGCGCAGGUGCGCCGGCUGGUAGUGGAUUCGAGGGCUGA